GGCUACCCCCUCUCUCCCUUCCCCCUCCCGCCGGGUUGUGGGUGCUACUGGAGAGAGAUUGAGAGUUUCCCUCUUUGUGUGAGCCGGGCCGGAGCGGUGGCAGCAGGAGGAAGGAGGAACAGCAGCGACAGCAUCAGCAACCAGUACCUGUGGCCUAGUAACACCAGUCUAUCAGGAUGUCUGGGUCUGGAAGUGAAGAUGAGAUGCUGUUGGAUGGGUUUGCAGAUGAGGAGGAUCCAUCUAUAUUGCUGCAGCAAGAUGAUGAUGAGUUGGAAGAAGAAUUAUCAGAAGUUGAGAUUCCAAAACUGAGGAAGAGGAAAAAGCCAAAAAAGCCCAAAGAAGUUAAAAUACAAAAAUCCAAACGGUUAAAAAGAGAGGAGUUGGAUGACAGCUCAUUGGAAGCUAAUGACUGUUUUGGAGAGGAAGAAGAAGAGCAAUCUUUCAGCGAAGGUAGUGAUUAUACACCUGGAAAGAAAAAGAAGAAAAAAGCUAUACAGAAAAAGGAGAAAAAGAGUAAACAGAAGCAUAAAGAGCAGGAGGAAGAGGAAGAUGAGGAAGAUGACUCAAAGGUAAGCAGCAUGACAAGUUGUGGUUUAGGAAGGCCUUGGCUGUACAGCUCUAUUCCUGAUGUGUUGCGAGACUCUGUAAUAGUGCACCAGAAUUUGGAGGGGGGGUUCAGACACCACAGUGCACAGUCAUGUCUGCUUGCUGCCUGUCAUCCUAACUGCAUAGUUAAUCAGAUUAUGGAGAAUGUUUAUAUCGUACAAGAUCACCCAUUACCAGCAGUUCGAGAGAGGCUAGAAAACCAGCUGGAACUGCACUGCCAAGUUAUGUUUAGGAACUACCAACGGAAGAAUGACAUGGACGAACCACCUUCUGGGGAUUUUGGCUUUGACAGUGAGGAGAAAAGCAGCAAGAGGAAGCUGCAUGACCCCAAGUAUGCAGAACUGGAUGAGAAGUACUAUCGCUUUGGCAUCAAGCCUGAGUGGAUGAUGAUACAUCGCAUCUUAAAUCACAGCAUUGAUAAAAAAGGAAGUGUUCACUACUUGAUAAAAUGGAGAGAAUUAUCUUAUGACCAAGCAUCAUGGGAAGCAGAUGACAUGGACUUUCAGGAUUAUGAGAAUUACAAGCAGACCUACUGGAACCACAGGGAGUUGAUGAUGGGGGAGGAAGGCCGACCACCAAGAAGAUUUAAAGUGAAGAUGAAGAAGAUUGAUCGGCCCCCAGAAAAUCCAACUGUAGAUCCGACAGUUAAAUAUGAGAAGCAGCCAGACUACCUGGAUGCCACAGGAGGUACUCUUCAUCCUUAUCAGCUAGAAGGAUUGAACUGGCUUCGUUUCUCUUGGGCUCAGGGAACAGAUACCAUCUUGGCAGAUGAGAUGGGUCUGGGAAAAACUGUUCAGACUGCAGUCUUUCUUUACUCGCUUUACAAAGAGGGCCACUCAAAGGGUCCAUUUCUUGUCAGUGCUCCUCUCUCCACGAUUAUCAACUGGGAGCGAGAAUUUGAGAUGUGGGCACCAGAUUUGUAUGUGGUCACUUAUGUUGGUGACAAAGACAGUAGAGCGGUGAUCAGGGAGAAUGAGUUCUCAUUUGAAGACAAUGCCAUCCGUGGGGGGAAGAAGGCUUCCAGGAUGAAGAAAGAAGCCCAGGUGAAGUUUCAUGUGCUGCUUACAUCGUAUGAGCUAAUAACUAUUGAUAUGGCUGUCCUUGGCUCAAUUGACUGGGCCUGCCUUGUGGUGGAUGAGGCCCAUCGACUCAAAAACAACCAGUCUAAGUUUUUCAGGGUGCUAAAUGGCUAUUCAUUACAACACAAGUUACUGCUAACUGGGACCCCUCUACAAAACAAUCUGGAAGAGCUGUUCCACCUUCUGAACUUCCUUACACCAGAGAGAUUCAACAAUCUGGAAGGUUUUUUGGAGGAGUUUGCCGAUAUUGCCAAAGAGGACCAGAUAAAGAAACUUCAUGACAUGCUGGGACCACACAUGCUGAGACGGCUGAAAGCAGACGUGUUUAAAAACAUGCCUUCUAAGACUGAACUGAUUGUCCGAGUUGAGCUUAGCCCUAUGCAGAAGAAAUAUUACAAGUACAUCUUGACUCGAAAUUUUGAAGCUUUGAACACCAGAGGAGGAGGGAACCAAGUCUCCUUACUUAAUGUUGUCAUGGACCUAAAGAAGUGCUGUAACCAUCCUUAUCUCUUCCCAGUUGCUGCUAUGGAAGCUCCUAAGAUGCCAAAUGGAAUGUAUGAUGGAAAUGCUUUGAUAAAGUCCUCAGGCAAACUCCUCCUUUUGCAGAAAAUGCUUCGCAAAUUGAAGGAUGGUGGACAUCGGGUUCUCAUAUUUUCCCAGAUGACUAAGGUAUUGGACCUCUUGGAGGAUUUCUUAGAACAUGAAGGUUACAAAUAUGAGCGCAUUGAUGGAGGCAUAACUGGGACUCUGAGGCAGGAAGCUAUUGACCGCUUCAAUGCUCCUGGUGCACAGCAGUUCUGCUUCUUGCUCUCUACUCGUGCUGGAGGUCUUGGAAUCAAUUUGGCUACAGCAGACACUGUCAUAAUUUAUGAUUCAGACUGGAAUCCCCACAAUGAUAUCCAGGCCUUUAGCAGAGCCCAUCGUAUUGGCCAAAAUAAAAAAGUGAUGAUAUAUCGCUAUGUGACACGGGCAUCUGUAGAGGAAAGAAUUACUCAGGUUGCAAAGAAAAAAAUGAUGCUGACUCAUCUGGUAGUUCGUCCUGGACUGGGGUCAAAGACCGGUUCCAUGUCCAAGCAGGAGCUGGAUGACAUUCUUAAGUUUGGGACAGAAGAGCUGUUCAAGGAUGAAGGCACUGAAGGUGAGAACAAGGAAGAUGACAGCAGUGUGAUUCACUAUGAUGAUAAGGCCAUAGAGCGCUUACUUGACCGGAGCCAGGAUGAGCCAACGGAGGACACAGAGUUACAGGGAAUGAACGAGUACCUCAGCUCUUUCAAGGUUGCGCAGUAUGUGGUGAGAGAGGAGGACAUGGUGGAUGAAGAUGAAGUAGAGAGAGAGAUUAUAAAGCAGGAAGAGAAUGUCGAUCCAGAUUAUUGGGAGAAACUACUGCGGCAUCACUAUGAGCAGCAACAGGAGGACUUGGCACGAAAUCUUGGCAAGGGCAAGAGGAUCAGAAAGCAGGUCAACUACAAUGAUGGCUCUCAAGAAGACCGAGAAUGGCAAGAUGACCAAUCUGAUAACCAGUCUGAUUACUCAGUGGCCUCCGAGGAAGGGGAUGAGGACUUUGACGAGAGAACAGAAGCCACUCGUAGGCCAAGUCGAAAGGGACUGCGCACAGAAAAGGACAAACCAUUGCCACCUCUUCUUGCCAGAGUGGGUGGUAAUAUUGAGGUUCUUGGUUUCAAUGCACGUCAACGAAAAGCUUUCCUGAAUGCUAUCAUGCGGUAUGGAAUGCCCCCUCAGGAUGCAUUUACUACACAGUGGUUGGUCCGAGAUCUAAGAGGCAAAUCUGAGAAGGAAUUUAAAGCCUAUGUGUCCCUUUUCAUGCGUCACCUGUGUGAACCUGGAGCAGACGGCUCAGAGACUUUUGCCGAUGGUGUUCCACGUGAAGGUUUGUCUCGGCAGCAUGUCUUGACAAGAAUUGGAGUCAUGUCUUUGAUCCGAAAAAAGGUGCAGGAGUUUGAACAUGUUAAUGGGCAAUGGAGCAUGCCAGAGUUGCAAGAAGCUGAAGAAAACAAGAAACCAGCACUGCCACCAGACUCCCCUGCACCAAAAACUCCAAGUUCUUCAACACAGGGUGAUACACAACCUAACACACCAGCACCUGUUACUGCAGAAGAUGCUGUAAAAUCUGAAGAUCAGAUAAAGCCUGAACCUGUUAAGGAAACUGAAACAGAAAAAAUGGAGACCAAACAGGAAGAACAUCAGACUUCAGGAGUCGCUGAUGAGGCAAAGACAACAACAUCAGCAGAAGAGAAACCAGCACCAGUAACAAAGGCAGAAGAUGAGAAAAAUGCAGCUCCAACCCCAUCUCAGAAGGAGAAGGGAGAAGAACCAAUGGAGGCCGAUGUUAAAGCUGCUGAAGGUACACCCCAGGAACAGAAACCUGCUGAAAAGACUGAAAAUCCAACUGUCAUCACAAUAGAUGACAAAGAUGACAAGAAGGACGACGACAAAAAGGAUGAAAAGGCAGACGUGAAAUUACAAAACGGUGAGACAGCACCACCAUCCAAAGAACUGUCUGUCGAGGAGAAAGCAAAGAAAAUAAUCAAGCAACGUUUCAUGUUCAACAUUGCUGAUGGAGGCUUUACAGAGCUGCACUCCUUAUGGCAGAAUGAAGAACGAGCUGCGACAGUAACAAAGAAGACGUACGAGAUCUGGCACAGGCGCCAUGACUACUGGUUAUUAGCAGGCAUUAUCCAUCAUGGAUACGCUCGUUGGCAGGAUAUACAGAAUGACUCACGAUACGCCAUCUUGAAUGAGCCCUUCAAGGGAGAGAUGAAUAGAGGAAAUUUCUUGGAAAUCAAAAAUAAGUUUCUUGCUCGACGUUUUAAGCUUCUGGAGCAAGCAUUGGUAAUUGAAGAACAGCUUCGCCGUGCAGCCUAUUUGAAUAUGUCUGAGGACCCUUCACAUCCUUCUAUGGCACUUAACACACGCUUUGCUGAGGUAGAAUGCUUAGCAGAGUCUCAUCAGCACCUUUCAAAGGAGUCUAUGGCUGGGAAUAAACCAGCUAACGCAGUGUUACAUAAAGUUCUGAAACAGUUGGAGGAGCUGCUCAGUGACAUGAAGGCAGAUGUAACCCGCCUUCCAGCAACUAUUGCUAGGAUACCACCUGUGGCAGUUCGCUUACAGAUGUCCGAGAGGAACAUAUUGAGUCGCCUAGCAAACCGCAGUAAUGAACCUCCACCUCCUCAGGUUGUUGCACAGCAGCAGUGAGCUUUCACCCACCCUUUCUACCUAGCAAGCUAAACUGCCUGUCAGUCCGCUCACAGUGUGGAGUUGAGAACAUAAUUUCGAUACAUUCCGGACUGGUUAUAUCCACCUUAAUUCCCUUUUGUGAAGUGGACACAACAGGGACUGGCCUUUUUUUCUAACUUGGCCCCACCUUGCCACAGAAGACUGUAGCUAAAGUUAUUUAAAAGACUGGGAGCCUAAAUUAAUACGUGAACUUUUAAUAUCACUUACAGCAAAGGACUUGAAUACUGUAUAUAUUAGAACCUUUAAAAUAAAGAUUUUUCUAAUUGA